AUGCGUCUCUCGCCGGCAUGGUACCAGUUCCUUGUCGGCGUCUUUGCGUCUCUUGGAUCUUUCCUUUAUGGAUAUGAUCUGGGUGUUAUCGCCGAGGUGCUUGUCUGUCAAUCUUUUACAAGCAAGUUCAGGGCAAAUGAUACUGAAACAGGAUUAGUCGUGUCUCUAUUCACGGCUGGCGCAUUCUUCGGUGCCGGCUUUGCGGGCCCCAGUGGUGAUUAUCUAGGUAGACGAAAGACCAUUUCAGUGGGAUGUUUCGUCUUCACUCUUGGAGGUGGUCUUCAAACUGGUGCGAAAACAAUUGCCUAUCUAUACAGUGGAAGACUCCUGGCUGGAUUCGGUGUUGGUUUCCUCACUAUGAUGAUUCCUCUGUACCAAGCCGAGAUCUGUCACCCCAGCAUCCGUGGUCGAGUUACAGCCUUGCAGCAAUUCAUGCUGGGUAUCGGAGCACUUUGCGCUACCUGGAUUGGCUACGGAACUUACACCGGCUUUGCACCCACCAACUCUGCACAAUGGCAACUGCCUCUCGGUUUGCAGAUAGCCCCUGCAGUGUUCCUGGGUCUUUUGAUCUCGUUCUUCCCUGAGUCGCCCCGCUGGCUCAUCGAUCACGGUCGCCCCGAGGAUGGAUUACGCACAUUGGCCAAGUUGCAUUCACAUGGAGAUGAAAACGAUGCUUGGGUUCAGGCAGAAUUCGCUCAAAUCCAGGAGAGUAUCAGCUUUGAGCAUGAGAACGAAGCGAAGUCAUAUCUCGAUUUGUUCACCCACCGCGCCUCGUUCCGUCGCCUGUUCCUUUGCUGUGCAUUGCAAGCCUCAGGCCAGAUGACUGGUGUAUCCGCCAUUCAAUACUACUCUCCCCAGAUUUACGGUCAAAUCGGUAUCUCCGACCAAGACACAUUGAAGUACCAGGCGAUCAACUCCAUCAUCGCAUUAAUCGCACAGUUCCUGUGCAUGAUGUACAUCGAUCGCUUCGGUCGUCGCUGGACUCUAAUCUGCGGUAAUCUCGGCAACUGUGUUACCUUCAUCAUUGCAACCGUGCUACUCGCGCAAUUCCCUCCAGAGACCAACAACAAUGGCGCCCAUUGGGGUUUCAUCAUUAUGACUUGGUUGUACAAUUUCUCCUUCUCUGCAACCUGUGGUCCUCUGUCUUGGAUUAUUCCAGCCGAGGUGUUCGACACUCGCACACGUGCCAAGGGUGUCUCGAUUGCCACCAUGACUUCGUUCGCUUUCAACACGAUGAUUGGUCAAGUCACUCCAAUUGCGAUGACCAACAUCGGGUAUCGCUUCUACAUCCUCUUCGUUGUCUGCAACUUCACCAACGCGAUCUUCUUCUGGCUGUUGCUUCCGGAGACAAAGCGUGUGCCUCUCGAGGAAAUGAACCAAAUGUUCACAAACGCGCCAUGGAUUGUCCCUGGCAGCAAAAAGAGAAGACUAUAUUACUCAUGA